AUGACUAGCAGUUACAAGGAGAAUAAGCGCCGGAAUAUGGAGCAGUUUGCAGAACGUGCGGUAGAUGUUGGCAACCAAUAUAAAAGCGAGCAAGAGUUUAAAUCUCGUGAUCAAAUGCUUCAAUGGAUUCGUAUGGAGGCCUCUAAACUUGGAUUUGGUGUGGUUAUUGGAAGGUCUGAUAAUGGUUCAGAUAGAAUAUGCGCUUUUGUCACAAUGACGUAUGAAAGAAGUGGAAAUAUAAAACUCCUCUCCGGAUUUUCAAAAGAGACGACACUGGUUCAAGAAAAUCUCAUGCUGGAAGAGAAGGGAUGCAUUGCUGACAUGACAUUGAAUUUGGUUCAACCUAAAAACAUACUUGCAACAUUGAAAUGGAAGAAACCUGAAAAUAUAUCAAAUAGCAAGCAAGUGUAUAAUAUUCGGUAUCAAACUAACAAGGCGCUUAUGGGGGAUAGAACUGAAAUGCUACAACUCUUGAAAUUGUUGGAUGACAACAGUUACAUGUCUAGGUACCGAACGUGCGAUGAUGGAUUUACUGUUAGAGAUAUAUUUUGGACUCAUCCUGAUUCCAUAAAGUUGUUUAACACGUUUCCUACUGUGCUCAUACUUGAUUCAACCUGCAAGACGAAUAAGUAUAGACUUCCAUUAUUGGAGAUGGUUGGUGUUACCUCAACUAAGAAGACAUAUUCUGUUGGGUUUGCAUUUCUUGAGUGUGACAAAAAGGACAAUUUUACUUGGGCCUUAGAGGUGUGUCAUACAUUGUUGAAGGACCAAGGUGAUGUGCCUAAAGUGAUUGUUACCGAUCACAAUACCUCCUUGAUAAAAUUGGUAGCAAAGGUAUUUCCUUCUUCUAAUGCAUUACUUUAUAGGUAUCACCUAACAAAGAAUGCGAGAAGUCAAGUUAAACCCACGGUAGGGACGAAAGAGAUAGAGUCUGAAGAUGGAAAAAUGGUGAAGGUGAAGGAGAAAAUUAUUUGUGCAAGGACUGAUAAUGUUAGACACCUUAGAAAUACAACAACUAACAAAGUUGAGUCUGCCCAUGCUACUUUGAAAAUUUGGUUGGGAAAUAGCUCCGAUAAUGCAAAGUAUGGAUUCACAAUUGUGAAAAUAGAUGGUCUCCCAUGUGCUUGUGUUAUUGCAAAAAAAGUGAAACUUGGUAGCCCAAUAAGAAUGGAUGAGGUUUGCAUUCAUUGGAAGAGACUUAGGUUUGAUGAUGAUGGUGUCAUGAAUGAUGGUAAAUAUAAUAUCUCUAUUUUGACCGAAUGGGAAGUGAUACAAGAUAUAUUUUUGAAAUUCGACGACAACAUGAAACUCCAUAUCAAAGAACAGUUGAGGAAGAUUGCCUAUCCGGAAACCACCGACAUGAAACCACCCUCUCAACCAAUAUAA